GGGCCGCCUCGGCCUAUGGCUGCGGAGCCGGCCGGCCUGCCGGGUUGGCGGAAGUCGUGUGGGCGAGGUGAUCCCGCAGUGCAGGAGCGGCGCGGCUCGGUGCGGGACAGCGGCGGUGGACUGGCUGUGGCUGUUGCUUCUCGUGCCUCCGGCCGCGUGAAGAUGACACGCUUCGCCCUGACCGUUGUCCGCCAUGGCGAGACAAGAUUUAACAAACAGAAAAUACUUCAAGGACAAGGAGUAGAUGAACCGCUUUCAGAAACUGGAUUUAAACAAGCAGCCGCCGCUGGUGUCUUUCUGCAUAAUGUGAGGUUUUCACAUGCUUUCUCCAGCGACCUCACGAGGACAAAACAGACUAUGCAUGGUAUUUUGGAGAAAAGCAAAUUUUGCAAAGACAUGACAGUAAAGUAUGAUUCAAGACUUCGGGAAAGGGCACCUUUAUCUGUUGGCCCAUUGCAGAAAUAUGGGGUUGCAGAAGGCAAGGCACUCAGCGAGCUCCGGGCCAUGGCCAAAGCAGCUGGGGAAGAAUGCCCUGUAUUCACACCGCCCGGAGGCGAGACGUUAGAUGAGGUGAAAAUGCGUGGGAAAGACUUCUUUGAAUUUCUUUGUCAGCUCAUCCUGAAAGAAGCAGGUCAAAGAGAACAGUUUCCCCGAGGAGCUCCCAGCAACUGUCUGGAAAGUUCUUUGGCAGAGAUCUUUCCUUUAGGAGAAAGCUGUGGCUCCGAAUUUAAUUCAGGAUUAGCGGCCAGCGUCUUAGUUGUGAGUCACGGCGCCUACAUGAGAAGCCUGUUUGGUUAUUUUCUGACUGACCUCAAAUGUUCCUUACCAGCGACUCUGAGCAAAUCCGAACUCAUGUCAGUCAGUCCCAACACGGGGCUCAGUCUCUUUAUCGUAGGCUUUGAGGAGGGAGGAGAAGCGAAGCCGACAGUGCAGUGUGUCUGUAUGAACCUUCAGGACCAUCUCAAUGGAGCGACUGCGACCCACUAAGUUUGAGUCUCCAUCGCAGUCUCACGAUUUUGAGCUUCUGAAGGGAGUGCCUUUGGCUGUAUUUCUUUCUUUCUUUUCUUUUCUUUUCUUUUUUUUUUUUUUCUGUCCUUUGCUAGUGCUGAUUUGCAAAGGGUUAAGAAGCAGGCUCCGGGGGAUCAUAGCCACACAAGACAGUGAUGGAAAACCAUGUUGAAGUGGCUCCUUCUGUAUGAGUCCUUUGGCAUUUUCCCAGCCUGCUCAGUUACAUCUCUACAUGUAACUUGCGAUUGCAAAUUGGGGAAUUAAUAACUGUAUUCUAUAUUCCCACCCUCCCUUUUUUUUUUUUUUUUUAUCUUGACAUUUUUCUUUAACAUCUGAAGAAGUCCAGCCCAUUUUAUUGACUCUUGGAAAGAUACUCUAUGUUUUUUACUACUACAUCCAGUGUUUGGAACAAAGAACUAUUUAUAAUUCCCACUGUGUAUUUAUAGUGACUAUGCAUUAUAUCAAAAGUCCUUUCAAUGAAAUAUCUACCAUCGUGAGUUUAUGUAAAGUGAAAUGAGAAAGUAACACUGAAACACUUUAUGUAGAGGUGAAUUGUUGGAAUGUUUUAUUCUGGCGGGCUCAAAAUGUGGGUGCUGAUGGUUGUGGAACGCCUGGGGGAAGAAGUUAAAACGUCAUUCAAUUUAAAGCACGCUAACAAAGCACGCUGAGCAGGAGAUGCAAGAACAACUUAGUCUGAAUGGUGUCUUGGACAAGGCAAGUCUCUGGAAACCAGGAAAGCCAGAACGAAAAGGAGAAAGAAAAAUGUUUGACUUCGAGGUUGGAGAAAAAUACCCACCUCUUGCUUUUCUCAGGCUCUAAAGAAAGCAAACGGUUAACAAUACACUACAGGAAACCUCAGGAUAAAGUAGGGAGCACUGUCCUGAGAGGAGUGGUGGUCUCAUAACCAUAAGUGAUUUUUGGUGGAAGCCACAGAUGCCGUGACUGCUUCCUCCACCAGGGGGCACUGGCGGAAAGGGAUUUUGUGCAGUCCUUCAGAAACCCCUGUGCAAAUGGAGAGAAUGUUGUCCAUGUGGUUUCUUUAAGCCACCAGGUGGAUGAAUGCCGUGAGUCUCAGCUAAUAAGAGGAACGAUACUAGAGAUGUCGGUUAAGGCAGAAACGAUGUGUGACCAACAUGUGCUUUGAGCGUCUUUAAAUCAUACGUGAAGUUCAGGAUUGUUUUCUCAGUGUCCAGUGCUGCCAGUUCCUCUGCCAGUGUCAGAACACGGCGUGCAUUUGAGCAGAGGAAGGACACUACAUCACUUGAAAAGAUAACUGAAAAGGACAGAGGAUCCACUUUCCCACAUGCAGAAGCAAAUCACUUCUUUGUUUAAAGAAAUAAGAUUAAGAUGUAAGUAGAGUUCCCUCUAGCCAGGUGUCACAGUCUUGUGCCCGCAGAGGCAGCUGGUACAGUGGGUCUGAGUGUGUUCAUCUGUUCUGCCUUCUCGCCUCACGUCUGUAAGGAAACAGUAUUUUCUGAUGCUUUAAAAAAAAAAAAAGUACACUAAAUAUCAGGAUGUCUGUAUGCUUUAUUAUGUCUUGGUAUUCUCUGUUGAUUAUGUGUAAAUUAGUUCAUGAUAGCCACUGCAUUCUGUGGAAUAAAUACAAAAAAAUUUUGUUUA